GAGAGUGAGUGAGUGAGUGAGUGAAGGGGGUUCAGCUGCUGUUCGGUGUUUCGCGAGGGAGCAGCUAGGCUGUGCAGUGCCAGCAGCGGCUAACAAGAUGCACAAGGCCAGCGCUAUGUACAGUAAAGAGGUGCCAGCAAGCUAGUAUAUGUUUAUUCGAGGGGGAGAACAGCUGUUACGGUACGACACAAAGGCUGGCAGAAAUGGCCGGAAUAAUUAAAAAACAAAUUCUGAAACAUUUGUCAAGGUUCACCAAGAAUCUGUCCCCAGACAAGAUUAAUCUGAGUACGUUGAAGGGGGAGGGGCAGCUGUCCAACCUUGAACUGGAUGAAGAGGUUCUGCAGAACAUGCUUGACCUGCCUACCUGGCUGGCUGUCACCCGGGUCUACUGCAACAAAGCUGCCAUCAGGAUACAAUGGACAAAGUUGAAAACAAGCCCCAUCUGCCUGUUCUUGGAUAAGGUAGAAGUAGAGAUGAGGACAUGUGAAGAGCCACGUCCACCCAAUGGCCCCUCUCCUAUAGCUAUUACAGCAGGCCAGAGCGAGUAUGGCUUUGCUGAGAAAGUGGUGGAGGGCAUGUCUGUUAGGAUCAACUCCAUUACCAUCAAGGUGCAGGCUCGUGCCUUCCACGCCUCCUUUGAGCUCUGGCAGCUGCAAGGCAACAGCCUCAACCCCAAAUGGCAGCGCAGUGACCUCCGCUACACCCGCAUCACCGACCCAAAGAGGGGAGAGGUUUUAACAUUCAAAGAAAUAAACUGGCAGAGUCUACGAAUUGAGGCAGAUGCCAUUGAGAGUGAUGACCAGGACCUCGGUAGCACCCCAUUACGUCUUAUCACCAACCAGGGACGCAUUCGCAUUGCUCUAAAACGCAGAAUAAAGGACUGUAAUGUGUUGGCAUCCAAGCUGCUUUUCAUUCUGGACGACCUGUUGUGGGUGCUGACAGACUCUCAACUCAAAGCUAUCAUCCAUUACGCCAAAUCUCUCAGCGAGGCCAUGGAGAAGUCUGCCCAGCAGAGGAAGAGCAUGACUGCUGAAUCCCUGCAGACUGCUCCUCCAUCUCCUGGCCUCCACAGCCUGUGGACAGAGCCCCCACCUGCUCCUACUGGCACCCCCAGCAACAUGACUCAAUACUUUGAUCUCUUUGAUGUCAAGGAGUCUUCUUACCACACCUUCAUAUCCCGCUUGGACUUACACGUAUGCAACGAUAGUUCUUCAAUGGAUGAAGAUGAGCCUCCCCCACCGGGCUUGCAGGGUGCGAUGCAGCUUACCUUCAGGAAGCUGGGUUUUGACUACUAUCCCGUCCACAGACCUGCGGAUGGAUGCCGACACUGGGAGCGCCACAGUGGAGCUAUGGAGGCUCAGGCCCAGUGGGCUGGGAAACUGCUGAAGGAGUACCAUAGGAGAGUAGAGGCCUCUGGGUUCCCAGGGCCACAUACUGAGGUGCCCCAGCCAACCAAGGACUCUCCUGCAAAGACAGCUCCAGAUGGACAGUCUACUCCCAAGUUGAACCCUUCUGACAAAGAGCAGACAGCCAGCAGGAACUCUUUGACAGCUCCUACAGGGUCAUCACUGAAGAGACUGCGAUCUAGCUGCGUGGUGAUCAGGAUGGAUGACGUGGACAUUCACCAGGUGUCUACAAGAGGCCGUCAGAACAAGAAGACCCAGUCUUUAUUAUCCUGUAACCGUAAAUCUCUGCAUUUGCCAGACAGCAUACCAGCAGUUCAUCUGCAGUUUACCGAAUACUACUUUCCUGACAACCCCAGUCUAUCAGUGCCCAACUCAAGCCUGUAUGCCCAGUUAAACAGCCUGCAGCUGAGUGUGGACCCAGCCAGUGUGCUGUGGAUCAAUCUUUUUUCCAGGGGUCUGUUGCAAACUCUGGACCAGGUCAAAGCUUUCUACCAUUUGCAAGACAGUAGCAAGGCUGAAGAGCAUGUAGACAUCCGCAUGGAUGCAGCUCAGCUUAAGCUGAUAAUUCCCUUGGAUUCUUCCAUAUUGGACCAUCCAGAGCGCCCACAGUCCCUGUGUGUUACUGUACCCCAGAUGGUUCUCAGCAACACUCUCCACUGCCCCCAUGGCUCCAGAGCUGACCUCAACACUAUCUAUGACAAGUUCGCCAGCUGCUCUUUCUUCCAAACCACACCACCCUACCCUUACCCCAGAGACCUGAGUGCCUUCCACCCCAUUCCCUCCACCUUCCUCCAUCACUAUCAAGAAACGGAGCCCAAGCCUUUAGACAGAAAGCAGUUACGAUCCCAGGAUGUCUGGUCUCUCAGUCUGUCCCGUGUAACCCUAGGCUUUGAUGGAGCUCGGCAAUUCCCAAAAGGCAGGACCCAGCCUUUUGUUGAGCCUUUUGCCAUGUCUGUGUGGAUGUGUAUGCCUGCUGCCUUGAAAAGUGGUUCAUCGUCUUCCUCCUCUCCUGGUCCCAGCAGAGCUCACCAGCCUUCUCCGGAACAGGAAGAGGCUUCACUUGCCUCUAUCCACAUCCUGGCUCACACAAUCACUCCAGUGAAAAUGUGGCUAAACCACUACCAGUAUGUAGCACUGCUGAGAAUGAAGGAUGCCAUGGCUCGGUUGGGGGCAGAGUUGGGCCGGGAUCUACAAGAUGUAAAACAGGCUCAUGGCCAGAAGACAAAACCCGCUACUGUUUGUGUUGCCCUUCUGGUGGACUCGGCAGAACUAGGUCUCCUGUUGCCACCAGUCUGCUCAGAGCCAGAGGAAGAGGUCCCCCACACCCCAGAGACAGACAGCCCCAGCAUAACAGACUCUGACAUCUCCCCGACUCAUCAAUCUGCAGAUGUGGUCCUGGAGGACAGUGGUUUGGAAAACGGCAUCUCCUCCAUCAAUACGUCAGUCACUGUGUUUGAUCGGGAUGAACAAGAUGGGGUGGUGGAGGAAGCAUGUGAGGCUGUGGAGGAGGGACCAGAGGGGGGUGGUUUGACAACACAGGAGGACACUCCUGUCCCCACACCUCCCUUCUCACCUGGACACUCCCCUGUCCUCUCACGUGAGCCGUCCACUUUUAGCCUGGAGGGAGAGCUGUCAAGCGCCAUUAACGUCACCAAGGAUGUGACCAAAGAUGCCAUAAGUGCCUCACUGGACCUGACCAAAGGGGCGUUUUCUAUAACAAAAGAUGCGUUUAGCAUCCUGAGUCGUGGCUCAGGGAUGAGCAAAUUGUUCAGUCAACAGGCAAAGGAACAGGUCCAGCGCUCAGAAGAGUCCUCCCUCUCGUUGGCAGCCGGCCUGCGCCACCAAUCCUUGAAGCAAUCGCCUUCCCAGCAUUCCUUUGAUAGUAAUAUCCUGGAAGGCAGCCUACCUGAUGAAAAUCUAUCUGUGGAUAGUGAUGUCAGUGACAAUUUUGUUGUUCUAAUGGACUCAGAGUCAGGAAUGGAGUCCUUGCGUCCCAACAACACUCCAGCGGGCAGCCGGAGCAGCCCAGCCCCAGGGACGGAGGGAGGUUCAUCAGCUGACCUCAGCAGCUCCCUGUCCCAGAGCUCUGAGUAUAUGUCUCAGGACAUGUCUUCAGUGUUGUUACUGAUCAUGAGUGGAACAGCCUGCACCAUGGAAGUAAAGGGAGAAGACCAAGUCGUGGCUAUGGAAGCCCAAAAUCUGAGCCCUGUGCAGAUGGGUAAUGUCAGGGUGUCUGACCUGCAGGCUGGUCUCAUACAAGUUCCAGGUGGACCAGUCCAGAAGCAGGAUAGGCAGAUUAGCAGGGCCUCUCCAGCGGUGCGCAUGCGAGCAGAAAUGGGUCCAUCUGCAGCCCGACACUCUGUUAUGGCUGAGUCUAUGGGCUUCCUGGAUAUGAGAAUGCAAGACUGCAAGGCAGAGUUGUUGGCCUCCACAGUGGCUAACAUUGGGCCUUUUCUCGAAGACGAAUUCAGUGCUGAUGGUCAGCCAAUGAAGUUGCACAUGAGCAACAUCACCAUCACUAUGAAGGAUGAUGGUCCUAGAAACUACCCUACAGCCCCUCAACCUGUCCCAGCCACAUUUAUUGUAGAUCAGCUUCUUCUUGAGCGCAGUGACGAUGGCAUCAUGACGCUUAAAGCCCCAGCAGGUGCUCCUGUAGCUGGCCCAGACAACAGAAACAGUUCCUGCACUGUUCAACAGCAGACCGAGAGACAAACUCUGGAGUCGCAGCUUUCUGAUGCCCAGGCUGCCCUUACCCAGGCCCUCAGUGACAGAGAACGCCUCCUCUUGGAAGUCAGAAAGUAUGACCCCACGUUUACUCUCUAAGCUUCUCUGUUUUCACCUCCGAACCUACUUUAUCACUGCUCCGGCUGAGGGACUGUGAUCGGAUGAAUCGGGAUGAAUGUCGGGAACCAGCAAGACUCAUGCAAAGCAUGUCAAGGCACUGAAUAUGUUUGAAAAGAAAAUUAAUCCAAGUGGUGGGUUUCGAUCAAAUCCCACUUCCUAUGUCAAGCUACUCAUGAGAUUACAAAAGAGCCCUUAUAACAAUUACUAAAAGGGGAACCUAGUAAACUAGCUUAUAGGUACAUUACUGGUACUACUUUUUAAUUGGGCAGUUUAGAUAUUCCUAACUUCCGUACCAAAAAAAUUCAUUCAAAUCAGUGUUGACAGUAAAGUCAUUGUGUGGUUUCAGUGUUUGUCACAUGGCAUGCAAGGAAAAAUAUCAAGCUUUAAUUCUCUCCAGUUCAUUGUUUGUGUUAAGUCAAGCACAUGCCAGAACCUCCUCUUCACGUGCACUUACACUGACACUGCCAGAGAGCUGCUAGUCCGUCAGUCGCCCCCUCUACAAAACACAAGUGACUGUCAAGCAUGCUUUGUGAAUAGUGCUAAUUUACACAUAGCACAGACCUAAUCAUGUAGAGUUCUUCUGUUUCAGUGAUGUUUCUUUUCAUUUAAAAGUAUUAUAAAAAUAUUAUGAGCUGUUGUUGAAAAUUUGAUUUAAAAAGGUAGAGAAAACAGUGCACUUUAAAAAAAAGAAAAAAAGAAAAAAAAAAAAGCAGAACUACACUGCUUUCGUGGAGAGACGGAUGCAUCUCUGUUUCUACCUUGUUUGCUUUAUCACCAGGGUGGAAUGGUUACACACUCUUACCAAGUUCUCACUGUUCUGAAAAAGCAGGUUGAAUCAUUCCCCAGUGUUUAUAUUAUUCUUUGAGUUGUGAAAUGUUGAUCAUGCUUCUUUUGUACUGUGAAACAAUGUGCUCUGUGGUUGAAUGUCCACUCAAAGACAACAUGCCUUUCAUUCUCUCCCUCGGCUAUGGAGAGCAGGUUGCACAGUAGCUUCAGUAUUGUAACUGGGUUAUUCUUUUCAUGCUAACACUCUGGUUUUAAAGAGGUUUGGGAUUAUACCAGCAACCAGAGAUAUAAUACUUGAUCUUCUUGAAACUUGUUUUGUAGCUUGCCAGGAAACAACUCAGAGUGCUAGUCUGUACACAUUUAUCAUGUAUAGUGAUCAGACAUAAUGAGCCUAAAGCUCACUGUGUGUGUUGUUUUAUCUAUGUAUAUUUAUUUAGAUUUUUCAGUUGACUUUUUUUUGUUUUAGACCAGAUUAACCACAGUGUUGAAGCCAUAUCAAUCAAAGAAAUUGACAUUACUAUGGUACUGAUAAUGUAUACAGUGUUAUGUAUAUUAACAAAUUCACUACACAAACUGAUAAAUUUCACUCAGAUAAACUCUGCAGCAGAUCAGGAUUAAACAAUCAGGUCAGUUGCCAGUAAAUGUUAAAUGCAAAUAUGGAUUCAAACAAUGUUGGAUCUGUUCAUCGGAAAGACGCUUUAACAGUAUAACAUUAAUUUGCUUUCCUAAGAAAACACCUCUUUGUCAGCUACAUUUUAUGUACAAAUGGUCUAUUUUUUCUUUAGAGGUAAGGUCAUCUGUUUUCAUGGUUGAAAAGCUGUUACAUCUACCUUUCACUUCCAUUCAUCAAUGUCCAACUGUGUGCUCGGGAGACCUCUGGUGGCUGUGACUUGCCAGGACACUCCUUAUUCAGAAUAUCAGUUUUUCUUUUUUUAUCUUUGGUUGCCUUGGCAAGCUAUGAAUGACAGAUUUCCAUUCUUAAAACGGAAUGUAAAAUAUUUAAGCAAUAGAAAGCCAGCUUUGGUUUAACCAAAAACAUGACAAAGAACAGUAACACUAAACAUUUUUGAUGUGGAAUUCUUAAAUGCUCAAGAUGACUAAUAUCAAAGAAAAAUGAUUUACCUGUCCAUCAGGUUUUAGUGUUUUCCCCUCAACUGCACGUGGACUCAACACAUCCUCAAUCUGUCUGUGUAAAAGGCAGAGAUACUGCCCAUUAACCUCAGUCUCACUUAUAGUUGUGAUCUUAGCUUUUGGUGUUUGUUUUUGCAUGGCCUUAGUAAACAAAGAUAUGGUACGAAACUGAACGUACCACGCUGUAUGCAACAUGUAGCGGAAAAGUUUUUUUUCUCUCCUCGGUCGGGCCUCGAUGUUAAUUAGCAUCCCUAAUCUGCUGACAAACUGGUGCUCCGAUACCUGUUACACUAGACUUCCUUUGCACUCCAGAGCAGGCCAGGGUUUCCAUGAUGACUUAACCCUUACCCAGUGUGCCAUGCAAAAAGGAAAAGAUGGACAGAGAGUGAAGCAGGACUCACUUCCUGGAGUGUGUUGUUCUCUCUCUAGAUGCAUGUACGGAAGGGAUGUUGUAUAGUUAUGCCUUGUGGAUUACUUGCACUCGUGUAGUAAAUUCACUGGAAAUUGCACUUGUUUUAUUGUAAAUCACUUCAUAGGAUUGCAGAGGAGUCCUUUUGAAAUAUUCCUAAGUGACGCAGAUGUUGAAGCCCCUGUGGACAGUAUUUUUUUGUCAGUUGUGUAGAAGUACAUUGAAUUUUGUAUUGUCUUUGCCACUUAAUUGAGACUAAUAAAAUUGGUUCUGUGAACCAAAGCUAGUAUGUGGAAAAUAUUUUAAAAGUGAAACAAUAAAUGAUUAAUUGCUGAAUUGCUUUUCAGUUGUAUCUUUGUGCUUUAAUAGAAAAUGCAAUUCUUAAGAUGUACAAAACAUUGUAUGUUCCGACUCUCAUUAUGGUUAUUUUACUAGUGUGAUCCACAGUUUUUUUUGCCUUCAACCUCAAUAAAAAAAGUCUACAUAUUUCCAAAUAAAACCUGAACAUUGUAUUGAUUUAGUUUGGCUCACAAACCUAAAGUAAAGAACUGAGAUGAGCUC